AUGAUCAUGAAGACAACAUGGUUGUUUCUGGCUAUAACCAUUUCAGUUUUGCCCUUAAUUCAAUGCAGGCAUGUACUUCCCUUGGGUUCUCCACGUGUAAACAAUAAAGGAACAUGGAGAGCAUGGGAAAGGUGCCCUGAUGGAAGGUUUGUUCAUGGAAUGCAGUUGAAAUACGAAGUCAGCACAACUGAUAUAACUGGAAUGAACGCAGUUGCAUUGUACUGUCAACUUAUUGGAUUGGAUAGUUUCAACAAAGACAACUGGAUAACCGGAGGCGAAGGACCGUGGGGUAGCUGGGGGAAUGUACAUUUCUGUCCUCAAGGAACGUUUGUCGUUGGUUUCAAUUUACGAUCAGAAGAACACGAAGACGGUCGUGACAAUAUCGCGGCGGACAACUUUGCCGCUCGUUGUGGCACAGAAGAACGACCCGAUAAUGAGACGUACCAGUAUGUAGCAGGACUGACACUUCAAAGAGGAACAUGGACUGGGUGGAAUUGGUGUCCAAGAGGCUAUGGUGUCUGUGGAAUACAAACCCAAAUCCAGGAACGACAAGGAAGUGACAAAGAUGAUACAUCACUUAAUAAUGUAAAUCUGGAGUGUUGUCUGAUUUCGAAGAGUUGUAUCGAGUGCACACGAGUUCACAUUCAUUCUCCACAUGUCAACACCCUUGGUGAAUGGCAUCCGUGGGCAAGGUGUGGUGAUGGAAAGUAUGCACACGGUAUACAGAUCAAGUACGAACAGGAUCGAGAAGGCGCCGAUAACACUGCUCUCAACGCCGUCGUCUUGUAUUGCCAGUCGUUUGGUCAUGAAGGUAUCAACAAAACGAAUCGGGUGAUGGAGAAGGAGCAUUUGGCAGUUGGCAAUCUAUCAGAGCUUGUCCAAUCGGGACAGUUAUAAUUGGAUUCGCACUCCGUUCUGAACCAUAUCAGGGACAUAGAAAAGAUAGUCUUGGUGCUGUUAAUUUCAAGGCACACUGCGGCACUUUGAAUGGACCAAGGAAUGUUACGGACUCUAUUCAAGGAGACUCAUCUAGCAAUGGCAAUUGGAGUUCCGAUCAGUUCUGUCCAGAAAACUACGUGGUCUGUGGAAUCCAAAGUCAAAUACAGUGGCCUAACAGUGGUACUGAUGGGGAGAACACUGCACUGAACAACAUAAACUUGGAAUGCUGCCAAGUUCCCGGUACAUGUGUGCCUGGAUAUUCAAUGAUUAAACUGGCAGAGUACGACAACUCAAAGGGGGAAGGUACAGUUUCCGCAUCAUUCGAACGGAAGACUUCGUAUGCUCGGAAAUCUGGGAAAACGGUGGUUCUAACCGAAGAGGAAAGGCAUACUAUUUAUCAACAAAUUUCUGCAAGUGUUUCCGGUAAAAUCCAUUUCUCGAUGUCAGGAAACUUUAAUUAUCAAAGAGCCACAACAGAUGAGAUAUUCACUUCGACGGAGGUUCAAAAGAUGCUGGAAGAUGCAAUAACCAACGAAAGAACCGUAUAACAUUGGAAAUAGUUUUUCGAAGAGUCUAGCCUUGUAUUUCAGGAAACCAUGUCAUUUACGGUACCAGCGAAAUCACGUCUGCUUAUCGAACAACUAUUUAUCACCUGCGGAGAGCAUCGUAUUGGAUUGGCAAAGACCGUCUCGAGAACGGUUUGA